AUGACUCACGUGCGCCGCUCGCUUCCACUCCAAAAAAAAAUUCUACUCCGCUAUCUACAAGUGAGAGCAGAAAAAAGUGUUAGCAUCCUCGGCCGCGACAAUAUACUGACCCAAAUGGCGCCUCCUCCUCCCAUUAUAUUGGAUGCCCUGGUGGUUUCGGGAAUCACCGGCUCCAUCUCCAUCGCAUGCUGGAUUAUUGUGUUUGCUCCACAGAUUUAUGAGAAUUUCCGAAGAAAGUCCUCAGAUGGCUUGUCCUUGAUGUUUAUCAUCUUGUGGUUGGCCGGAGACGUAUUCAAUGUCUUGGGUGCGGUCUUGCAGGGUGUUUUGCCCACGAUGAUCAUCCUUGCUGUCUACUACACAUUGGCUGAUAUUGUGCUCUUGGUGCAAUGUCUUAUGUAUGGCAACGGCGAGCAGCCGGACUUGGUGCACUUGUCUCCCGCCAAUCCGCUCAGCGAAGACGUUUUGGAAACGGUCUUGUCGAGAGAAAGACCCACCGACGAAGAGGUUGGGCAAGACUAUAAUAUUGACUCCUUCGCGGAUUCACAAGACUCGAAAUGGACUCUGGUCAAAGCCGCUUUGUACAAGUUCUUCAUGGUGUUCCUUGUUUUCUCCGCCGGCUUGAUUUGGUGGUACAUCUCUUACAUGCACAGUAAUAAGAAAAAGAAGCCAGCAGACCUUGUUUUCGAUCCAUUGGCUCAGUUUUUCGGCUGGUUAUGCGCCAUUCUCUAUUUGGGCUCCAGGGUUCCUCAGAUUUUGCUCAACUACGAGCGCAAGUCUUGUGAAGGCGUGUCCUUCAUGUUUUUCCUCUUUGCUUGUUUGGGAAACCUCACAUACGUCAUUUCCAUUCUUGCCAUUGACAUGAGCUGGAACUACUUGUGGGUCAACUCUUCGUGGUUGGCCGGCUCCUUGGGAACUUUGGGACUUGACUUUACCAUUUUCGUCCAGUUUUUCUUGUACAACGAAAACACCGACGACGAAAGCUCCACCACUAGUAAAGCUACAGACAGAUUGCUUGAUCAGCGCUCGGAACCUUACAACUCUUUGUAA